UUGUAUUUUGUUUAUGAUUCGGAUUUGAGUAAGUGAAGUUAGUUGUAAUGUGUUGCAUUUCAUCAUAUAGAUGAGUCAAAUCGAGAAUGUUGGUGGAAGUUUGAAUCAAAUUUGAGUUAGUGGUAGUGUAAUUUGUAAACCUCACGUUAUAAUGUUGAAUAGUUGGUCUUAUGAUGCAAAUUGCUUUCUUAGUAAUAAUUUUGAAGUACUUUGAACCUCUUUAAAUGGAAACCCUGCUCUCUAUGAACGGAUUUACAAAGGCUAUUAAGUAUGCAUGAUUUGUUUGAAUCUUGCUCUAGUUGUUGAACUUGAGUUGUUGGUGAUUUAUCCACUUUUGAAUAAAAGCUUCUUUGCUAAGGUACCCCUUUAUUUGGUUCAGGUGUAUGGAAGAAUGAGCAUGUACUACAAUGUUAAUAUUGUUCAAAGAAUGAAGAAUGAAGUAAAAUUGGAAGCUUUAGACGUUUAUGUUUAAUUUGUGAAAAACUGUAACUUUUUUAGGAUUUCAUUAAACUUUUUUCAGGAAGGAUAUCAAGAAAACUGUAACUAAUUGUUAUUCAAUUUAACCAAAAAUAAGAAAAAAAAACUGGGUUCCGAGGGCAAUAGAACUUGGAGCAGUAGUGGUUUAUUCGCUUGCCUAACGGUGGAUCUUUGUUGUUAAGCAAAACAAAAAAGUAUAUAUAUUAGGAUAUCAAGUAACAUAUUCAGGAAGGACUUCCUGAAAAUUUAAUAUUUAAUUAAAAAAUAAAAUGUUAAGAUAAUAAAUAACAUAUUUAUGAAGACCUUCUUGAAAAUUUAGUAUUUAAUUAAAAGAAAAAUGUUAAGAUAGCAAGUAAACUAUUUAGGAAGGGUUUUUGAAAAUUUAAUAUUUAAUUAAAAAGAAAAAUGUUAGAAUAGCAAGUUAAAAUGUAAAUAUUAACAAAACUUGCAUAUAUAUCAUAUUUAGGAUAUCAAGUAACAUAUUGAGGAAAGGCUUCCAGAAAAAUUAAUAUUUUAUUAAAAAAAUGUUAGGAUAGUAAAUAACAUAUUUAGGAAGACCUGCCUAAAUAUUUGAUAUUUAAUUAAAAAGAAAAAUAUUAGGAUAACAAGCUGAAAUAUUUAGAAAUGGCUUCUUGAAAACUUAAUAUUUAAUUAAAAAGGUAAAAUAUUAGAAUAGCAAGUUAAAAUGUAUAUAUUAACCAAACUUACAUAUAUCAUAUUUAGGAUAGCAAAUAACAUUUUCAAGAAGGACUUCCUGAAAAUUUAAUAUUUAAUUAAAUAAGAAAAUGUCAUGAUAGCGAAUAACAUAUUUAGAAAGGCCUUCCUGAACAUUUAAUAUUUAAUUAAAAAAGAAAAUGUUAGGAUAUCAAGUAAAAUAUUUAGGAAGGGCUUCUUGAAAAUUUAAUAUCACAAUACUAAAAGCCCCAUUUCCUCAAAAUCUAGGCUGCCACGUCACCUAAAAUAAUCAGCCACUCACAACAUUUGGUUUCGGGCUGGGCUUCGAUUUUGUUUCAAUGGGUUUGUUUUGUUUUUCGGUCUGGGCUAAUGGGCUUCGUCUGGUUUGUGUUACGGCUUACUCCUUGACUUAAACUUAGAUCUACGGAGGCAAGUCGCGAGUCUCUCCUUCUCUUCCCCAUUUCUCUUCGUCUUCUCCUCUGUGUUUUGAUCAUCCCAUUCUUCACGAUCGGUUUCUUUCAAUCAAUUCCGCCAUCAAUUUCUUCUUUAUGGUUUCUUUUCAUCUUCCCCCUUUCGUCCUUCUUUAUAUAUUGUUUCUUCCCCCGUGUACAAAUCAAAACCCUAGAAACUCAAUCGAUGGCAAUGAAACCACAUGGGAAGUCGAUUGUGUCCUCCGAUAACGACGAAAAAGUCGUCUUCUUUAAAGAUCUCUCGCUGGGUCCCCACGAAGCUCAGUUGCGGUUUCGGCUCAUCCAUUUCUGGGAGGCUUGGAAUUCGCUAAAGAAGACGCUUAUUGGCAUGGAGAUGCUACUCAUCGACGAACAUGUUAUAGUAAUUAGCCGUUUUUUUAUCAUUUCGAAAGAAGUUUAUGCUUAUCGUUCUUCACUUACGUAUAUUGGUUUCUCUUAUGUUGUUAUUCGCUGGGAACUGUUAUUCAAGGAUUCAUUUCCCCAGGGCGUAUCGAAAAAUAUCUGCCUGAGAUGAAGCGAGGAUCUGUUUACAAACUCAACAACUUCUACGGAUCCAGAAACAAAUCAGUGUUUCGGGUUGCUGAUCAUACCGUUACAGUGUCAUUCUCAUGGAACUCGGAGUUGACGGUUCUUCUAGACUGUCCCACUCAUUUUGAUGCGGACAGUUUCCGGUUCCAUUCAUAUGAAGAGUUUCAAGCUAACUGCGACCUCAAAGGAGACCUCUACAGUAAGCUCUGUGAUUCCCAACGUUAUUUUUUAGUUGAGUUUCUUGAUAAUUAGAAUGUUGCUUAGAUACGUAGAUAUGAAAUUGGUUGAAUCAAUUUUUUGGGUUUGUUCAGUAUUCUCUGAACUCGGUCCUCGGAUUUUAUUAGUUUUUUUUUAUCGCCGUAGAAGAAAUAUAUGCUUAAAAAAAAUAAAAUUAUAAAUACCUGUUGUUUUCAUAUUAGUAUAUUUAGCAUUGUAUAUUGAGAGACAUGUGAAGCUCUUGCGAGGGUACAGAGUUAUUAGCCUACCUUUUAUAAAUAAAGAUAUCUGUCGAGUACGUAAAAACUUGGAUUAUUAGAAUUGCUUAGAUUCUUUUAAACUUAAAGUUUAUAAAAUGUGUAAGACAAAAAAAGUUGACAAUAUUAAAAUAUUUUUUGCUGUGAUUCAUUAAGUUAAUGAAUUUUAAUUUAGAUGUAACUAUUGUGAUGUUUAUCUAGAUGUUGUUGGCCACAUGAAGUUGGUUAAUGGUCAGAGUAUCGUUGAGGCACCAGUUCUUGACGAAGUGGAGAUAGCAAAAGCUAGGCGUGUUCUGAUUCAUAUCCAAUCACAUGAGUAGGUGUACAUUAUUUUUUGGAAACUACUUCUCUUUACUCCUAUUAACUAUUUAGUAUCGUUUUUUUCAGUGGAUCGGUCAUGAAGCUCUACCUUUGGGAUCAGGCUGCAAGAGACUUCUGCAAAAAGUUCAAGUCGUACGAGGACACACCCACUGUGUUACUGGUCACGACCGUUAACACGAAGACUCUCGGAGGUUCUGAUUUUUAUCUAUACUAUAGGUCUCUUACAGUUAUAUAUCAGCAUUUUGUGUUCUUUAAUGGGUUUUUUCAUUUGACAACAGGUACUCUGGCCUUGAACUCAAUGUCCUCUUCGCGUGUGUUUAUGGACUACGAUGUCCAACCUACCAUAGAUUACUUCAGUUGGUUGGGCUCUAAUCCCGAUAUUGCUGAGCAGGUUAAUGCAGAGGUAGUCACCAAACGUGAGACAAUGACUAUAGGGGAAAUAUUCUCCUACAUCGAGCAGGAAUCUGCAAAGGUAAAUUCAAUCUAUAUAACUUCAAUCGCUAAGAGAAAUUUAUAUUCCUAUGCAAAUUCGCAGGACGCCUUCUUUGAGUGCACGGCUACGAUCGAUGACGUAGUGCAUGGUUCUUCUUGGUACUAUAUUGCCUGCAGUGGAUGCCAUUCUAAGGUUAGCAAAGGUCCAACUUCGUUGAUCUGUACAAACAAGAAGUGUGGAAAGGUUAACGUAUCUGGUGUUCCACAGUAAGAACUCUAACCUGGACUUCAAUUAAGUUUUUAUUGGUAUUAGGUUCUCAUUCUUUCAUA